AUGAAUGCAAACACAACUCUAUAGAAGUGGCUGUGCAGGUCCCGGUAGACUGGAGGAGGAAGCAUCCUCAUGGAGCUGUGAGCACAAGGUGUCUGUUCCUCCCCCUGGCCUAAUAUCAUCAGGUGUGCUACCCAUAUUCGGUGACUCCUUGAAAGGAAAAUGGCAAGCGGAACGAUGGGCCCUCAACCUGUAUUACGCCAGGCACACGCUAAUCAUAAAUCUUCAAAAGAAAAGAUGGAAGAGAUGAAGAAUCCCAUCUCCAGCACUUUUAAAACCCAAGACAUUGCUGCCCUGGCUGAAAAACUGGAGAAUCUUGCCCAGAACACCCCUCUGCGAUUCAGUGAUGAAGCAAUGAGACCAGCGACUAAAAGCUUUUCUCAAUAUGUCAAUUACAGCCAGCCCUCAUUCUUUUCAAGGCAUAAUCCCCAUCCUCAUCGGGUCACACAUAUUCAAGGGCUUAAUGGGAUCCCUAUAUGUAUUGUGAAUGAUGACUGGUCUGUCACCUCCCCUCUGUAUCCUCAUCCUAUGAUGAAGAACCAGCUCCCUACUAACCUGCUGGGGGUUCCCAGUCUGCCUAUAGGAGAUCCACGCAGUAACAAAGUUCCAUAUCUGGCUUCAGGUGGCAUAUCUGAAGCGUGGCGAGAUGAGUUACGAGAGCUGGCUACAAAAGUUGCUGUUGCGGACAAAAAGCCAGAGAAGAAAGAGAAGGAGGAACCACGGAGGUCCACACAGUACUCAGCAGAAUCCGGACGUAUCAUUCCUGCAUCCUCCCGAGGCUUGACCAGGCGUACCUCCAGAAAACAACACAACAAAGGGAAACAUGAAAACACACUCUUCCAAGACCAAGAAAUUCUAGUACUGGAGUUACUGUGCCAGAUUCUACAAACAGAUUCUCUGUCUGCCGUCCAACAGUGGCUUCUGUCUGCUGGCCAAAGAGAGAAAGACCUUGUCAUGAGCAUGAUCCAGACAGCAACUGCCAAUGUGGACCUGGAAUCCCAAGCCAUGGGGGAGAGGCUUAAUUCCCAGAAUGCCUUAGGACUGCUGUCAAGAGAUGAACAUAUUCAAAGAACUUUAAACAGUAGGUCCCAGAAACAGAAACCAGAACCUAUUCCUGAGGAAGACAAACCAGAACGUAUUGGUACUGCAGAAGUCUUGCAGAUACAUUCAGAAGACAAUGAAAGCGAGAGCAAGCCCGUGUCUGAUAAAUAACCACGGCAUACAGGACCUUCUCUUCAUAAGCUGAAUUCUUCAUGGAAUGGCCAUUCUUCGUCCAUAGUUCUAUGCCAUGUGCCUUACUAUGAUGCAUGUAACUUAAAACUCCUCAAUGCUUUCAAUAAACUAAAUAUGUCAGUAUCAUUUUAUGUAGAUGAUAUUUUUGAAAAUGUGAAAAUAUAUAUAUUUCU